UCAUCACCAUUCACCACCACAGCUCUGACUUUAUGACAACAUUCAAACGUUUAUUUUUAAACCGGCUCAAUUUUUUUGGGCACAGAUUGUGUUGGUUUGCUUACUUGCUUACUAAAUUUGAUUAUUUUUCAGGUGGAUAUAUAAUGGCAAGUGUAAUACUUCUACUCUCCUUUUCUCUUCUAUUGGAAAGAAGUCAGGGGUAUGUAGACGAAUCACCUGACCCUGAUUUCGCUCCAAAGCAAUCUCUUGACAACCCAGAAAGAAGUUCUAAAAACGUGGAAAAGAGUGAACAUGAAAAGAAAAGUGAUUUAAGCAAACCUAUGAGACUUGCAGGACACUACAGAUUUUUAAUAAAAGAAAUCCUGAAACGAGACUUGUUGUCCAAUUCUGAAAAAGAACUUUUUGAAAAUGCAGAUAAUGUUGAUCCUUAUUCAAUCGCAGAAGCAAUUUUACGACUGAUCCCUGAUCUGCCAGAAGAACACUCUCAGAAUACUGAAACCCUCUCUUGGUCCCUACACAAUCUGAACCAAGAUACUUUUCAGAAACUCGCUGUUACUUAUGCCAUUUCAAUAUUUAGCUUGGGUUAUUUGAACAAGAGAUGUCGACACUUCCUUGUAUCACUUCACGCGAUCCUGUUGUAUCUGUAUGCCGUGUACUCUCGCAUCAACCUCCAGUACAGUGAAAUCAGGGGACGGAAGUUGGCUACAAUCAGCAACCUACCAAGCCACUGUAAAGAGGAGUUUAGCAUUUCCAGCUUCCUCUCCCGCACCUGGUCCGUACUACAAAUAGGAGACAAAUGUGUUAAAUAUCACCAGCAAGUUUUAACAGACCCUCUGUACGAGAUACAGUAUCUAAAGUGCUUCUUCUACCCUCUGGUAUCAAGUCUGUUAACCCCUCUAACAGUUCUAGGUGAAGAGCUGGGACCCUUCCUGGAGAACGUGUUGAACCCUUUCCCAUUCCACCUACAAGUAUUCGUCAUAGCGUUUGUUAGUGUUGUCAUGGGCGGUCUGAUGACUACAGUUGUAACUGUAGCUAAACAGAGACCAGGCUCUUCAGUAACCGCACAAACUGAACUUAAGGCACAGUUAGCACAAACUGAACAAUUAGCUCUGAUUCACAAGGAGGUAAUGCAGGAGCUGGUAGUAAUGAAGAGAGACGUUACUGAGUUGAAGAACAGUGUUAGUUUCAGUGAAAAGAGAGACUCUUCUUUAGAAGUGCAGAGACCUGAGUCAGUGCUGUAGAGAUCUGUUUAUAAGUAUUCUCUUACAAAUUAAAACCCACUAAUAGUGUUUAGAUGGUAAAACCUAAAUCAAUAGGCUCUAUGUAAUAUUAUAAGAAGCACGUUUAAUGUAAUACUCAAUUUUUGAUAUUUUAUUUUCGACAUUUCUGUGGUUUCUAGCUUUAGUUGUCAUAUUGUUAUUUUUUGUUAGAAAAAGAAAUUUAAGAUUCUUAAAUCUUUUAGAUUUGUUAUGAUUAUUUUAUUAAUGAUUUUAAAAAAAAAGAUUAUUUAGGAUUUAUUUUAUCCAUGUGGACCGUGGUGCAAAAUUUAAGUCAUAAAUUUGCUUCUCAAAACAUAAAACAAUCUGAUUUUGAUCUUCUGAC